AUGCCACCCAAGAGGGCUCCUGCGCCUGCUACAAAGAAGGCACCACCCAAGAGGGCUCCUGCGCCUGCUACAAAGAAGGCACCACCCAAGAAGACUCCUGCGCCUGCUACAAAGAAGGCACCAUCCAAGAAGGCUCCUGCGCCUUCCACAUCACUGCUUCCAGCGGUGGCGGUGACAACAGUAACGGUUGCGGCUCCGCCCUCUGUUGCGUCCACUGCCGCGGCGGGGGUUCCUGCGGGGCCACCUAUCGACAAAACCGGCGGGAAGCGUCAGCGUUUGCUGCAGAAAGGACGUGGUGUUGUGGAUGCAUUCUCGGGUAAGGUUGAUACAUGCCACGUGUAUGAAGAUGGCGGUGACUUGUACCAGUGUACAUUAAACCAGACCAACAUCUCCUCGAAUAACAACAAAUAUUACAUCCUGCAACUCCUGGAGGCGGACAGCGGCGGUCAGUACUACGUCUUCACACGGUGGGGCCGCGUCGGUCUCUCCGGGCAGCACAAGACGGAACUGUUCAGCAGUACCAGCGCUGCGGUGCAGGUGUUUUGCAAGACAUUCUAUAGUAAGACCCACAAUCGCUGGGAGGACCGUGCAAAUUUCAAAAAAAUAGAUGGGCGGUACUACUUGAUGGACAUCGAAUACGGGGCACAGGACGCCGAGGAGAAGUCGGAGGGGGUCCAGCGGCUGAAAAAGAAGGUGAAGGAGGAGGCGAAGGAGAUGGUAGUGGGGUCGGCUCUGCCGAAGGAGGUGCAAGAACUCAUGCGACUUAUCGGCUGCAAGGACACCAUGACGCGGGCAAUGAAGGAGCUUGAGAUCAACACGGAGCAGAUGCCGCUGGGUAAAAUCUCCAAGCCACAGAUCCUGCGUGCGUACGAGGUUCUCAAGGCGGUGGAGGCGGAGUUACAGAAGCCAGAGCCACAACUGGAGGCGCUGUCGGGCCAGUUCUACACACUCAUCCCGCACGUCUUUGGAAACCGUAAGCCGCCGGUCAUUGGCACACUUCACAUGCUGAAGAACAAGAUGGAGAUGCUGGAGGUGCUGGGCGAACUCGAGAUUGCGGCGAAGCUCCUUGACACGGGCGAGGGAGACGAUGCUCAUCCGCUCGACCGGGCGUACAAGAGCCUCAAGUGCGAUAUAUGCCCACUGCCCCACGACGACGCUGCGUACAAGCGCAUUGUCGAGUACGCACGUAAUACGCAGGGCUCUACGCACAACUCAUACAACCUCGAUGUCAUGGAGGUGUUCAUGAUCCGGCGUGAGGGCGAGGAGAAGCGGUACGAGGCGUAUAAGAAGCUUGGCAACCGGCAGAUGCUUUGGCACGGCUCGCGCGUCACCAAUUUCAUGGGCAUCCUCUCGCAAGGCCUGCGGAUUGCCCCACCGGAGGCGCCGUGCACAGGGUAUAUGUUCGGCAAAGGCAUCUACCUCGCUGAUGUGUGCUCCAAGUCGGCUAACUACUGUCACCCAGAACAGGAAACUGACGUCGGCGUGAUGCUUCUGUGCGAGGCCGCGCUGGGGACUCAGAAGGAGUACUAUAAUGCCCACUACAUGGAGAAGCCGCAGCCGGGGACCAGUGCCACAAAGGGCGUGGGGCGAAUGUACCCGGAUCCAGCUGGCGCGGAGACAGUAGACGGUGUGCUAUGGCCGAAGGGCUGCAUGCGGGUGGAUGACAACAUGAAGACAUCGCUGAUCUACCCCGAGCACAUCGUCUACGACGUUGGGCAAUGCAUAAUGAGGUACCUGGUUCUCAUGAAGUUUCGCUACAACUGA